AUGAAAUCUGCCGUCAUUUCUGUCGGAGGAAAUGACUACCAAGUGAUUUUCCAUAGAGACAAAGCGAAUGCCAAGGCCCCCACCAUGGUCUAUGUCAAUCAAGUAGGGAACUCUAGUAUUGGCGCCUACGUCUACACAAUUGGCAAGGGAACAGAAACCUACACCAGUGUACUUCAGCAAGGUGAAAGUAUGACCAUCCAGGACUUGGCUGCCAACUUGGGACGGGUGUUGACCCGAAGAUUUGCGGCACCGUCGUAUGUGUGCAUGAGCGGGUCUUUGUCGAUGUACGAUUAUGGCGAAGUCUCUAGUUUUGUCGUUGCCCAAUGCAUGUGA